GAAGUCGAGGGACGUCGGGCCUAGCGGUUGUCAUAGAGACGGGAGCGGCGGCUGAGAUGACGGUGCACAAUCUCUACCUCUUCGACCGCAACGGCGCCUGCCUGCACUACAGCGAGUGGAACCGCAAGAAGCAGGCCGGGAUUUCCAAGGAGGAGGAAUUCAAGCUGAUGUACGGGAUGCUCUUCUCCAUCCGCUCCUUCGUGGGCAAAAUGAGCCCCCUGGACAUGAAGGACGGGUUCCUCUCCUUCCAGACCAGCAAGUACAAGCUGCACUACUACGAGACGCCCAGCGGGCUCAAGGUGGUCAUGAACACCGACCUGGGGGUGGGCAACAUCCAGGACGUCCUGCACCAGAUCUACAGCUAUAUUUACGUGGAGUACGUGGUCAAGAACCCCCUCUGCAGCUUGAACGAGACCAUCCAGAGCGAGCUUUUUCGCAACAAGCUGGACAGCUUCGUCCGCGCUCUCCCUUUCUUCUCGGCUCGUGCUGGCUAGCUCUUUAUUUUUAUUUUUUAAAUUUUAUUUUAUUUUUGACACUCUCCUCCCCCCCACCAAAGACUCAUGAACGGUCCGGAAGCUGCAAGCCGCCUGAUUUCCCAUGAUGCUGUGCGUUUGGACCAGCCCCGGUAUACUUCUCACCAGGAACCGUCUCCCAAGAACUGGAUCUGGAUGUUGCCCCGUCGCUCUUAUUUAUAGCGGAAUAUUCUGAUUUUUUUUUUUUUAAUUGGAUCUCGGUUCCUUCGGACCACGUCGUUCUCGCUAGACUCCAUUGGGGACUGUCCCUUUUUGGGUUUGCAGCGGCCGGACCUUUGAGAAGGGGUCGUAAUAAUAAGUA